AUGGUUCAAUUUUGUAAACCUAUUAAUUGGCUGCUAUUUACCGUAACUCUGUGGACCCUGGACGCUGUUUUACCAAUGGAGACAUGUACCAAACGAGUCAGUUUAGCUCGAGCAGAACAGACAGACGAUAAGGGUCGUAGAUGCUGGGACAGGGUCAAGGUGCAUUCUUGUGGAGGAAGAUGCGACUCUAGAGAAAUUUCAGAUUGGGAGUUUCCUUUCAAGAAGUCGCAUCAUCCAGUAUGCGUUUACGGCACCCGCCGACCGGUGAUGGUACGUCUGCGCAACUGCGAUGCAGACGUUGUUCCAGGAACGGAAAAUUUUCAUUAUAUAGCUGCAGAUGACUGUCGGUGCAAAGUAUGCUCCUCUCACCAUACGAGCUGUGAAUGGUUACCCCCCAAUUCAACCCUUCUACAAGGCAUAAAUGACAACCUGCAUGACGAUGAUAAUGAUUAUGACAUUUGA